AACGGCGCACGCUCCUCCGCCUCCUCCAGAACGAAAACAAAAACCUGACGCCUCGACGCCCCCCAAUCCGGAGAGUCACCCGCCGCCGCCGACAAAACCCUAGACCAGCGCCGCCCUCGACUGCCGCUCCCGUCGUCCCAACCCACCGCCCCCCUGCCGUCGUCCCAUCCCGCCCGUCGUCGCAUCUCGUCGCCCCCCCCCAAUCCAUCCUCCGGACUCCCCCACAUAGCCACGCCGGCCCCCACAUCGUCACCGUCGACCGUUGGACACCGCCGCCCUCCUCUCGCUCGCACUCACCCCGUCACCCGACGCCGCCGACUCCUCCCUCAUCGCGCCUUCCUCUACUCGUACCACUGCCGAAACCCUAGACCCGCACCGCCCUCGACCGCCGCCCGUCGCGUCCCGCCUCCUCCCCGAGUCCGCGACAACUAUUCCCAAGAAAGUCAGAAGCUAUAUGGGCCUAAUGCAUUGUUACGCUUUCAGCCCAUAACUACAGGCCCGUAGAGAUCUCAAUUGGAAACCGGCAGAAUAUUCGGGGAUGGCGGGCCGCCGGCUCGAUUGAACAACCCCACCUGCGAGGGCCGAUUCCCCCCAUUCUCGUUUUCCACGGCUCAACCGCUCUCUUCGCUCGAUUCGCCGGUGAUGGCGGCGCUGCCGGAGGCGACGGGGGCGCUGCCCCAGACUGAAGGAGAGGAGGUUAAGGAUGGCGUCGAGGUCUGCGUAUUUGACGAGUCACCGGAGGUCUUCUCCAGAGCGGUGCACGCCAUCUCGGAGCUCACAGCCGGGGAGCCCGAGCCGAACUUCCCUGACGCCGAAGUAGAGCGGCUCGCCUCUUCAAUAACUUUCCUCAGAGAAUGGAGGCACCUCUCUUAUGAGCCAAAAAAUGUUAGUUUCACUUGUGACGCCAGAUCAGCUCCAUCCAGAGUUGACACACACAAGAUAAACUUACCACAGUUCUCGUCUGCAUCUGUUCCCCAGAUCACACACCUAGACGAUGGGAAGGCUAAAACAGACAGUUAUUGUUUAUGGAGUUCUUUCUGUACUACUUUAGAAUCUUGUCAAUCUACUUAUCUUGUUGUCUGUUUUUCCCCCAUAUUUGUCAAUAAAGGUCAUACUGUUAGUGGAGAUAGGUUAUGUUUUAGCUUUUGCAGCUCAGAUUUUGUUAUAUUUGCCGGGGGCAAUGUUUGGGCAUUGGACUGGUGCCCUAGGUUGUGUGACAGGCCUCAUUCUCCCAUAAACUGUGAGUAUCUUGCUGUUGCUGCUCACCCUCCUGGUUCUUCUUACCAUAAAAUUGGCAUGCCAUUAAUCGGGAGAGGUAUAAUUCAAGUUUGGUGUCUCCUAGCACCAUCUGAAGAGGGUCAUCCUCAUCAGUCAUUGGUUGCAUGCAAUAAAUAUAAUCCAUCCAAUCAACCAAAACGAAGGGGUAGACCAAGAAAGACCAUCACAAAUUCUGAUCACUUGGAACCAAGUGUCAAAAGACCAAGGGGCAGACCAAGAAAAUAUCCGCUGCCAAUUGCCAAAUUGGAAGAUUCAUCCCAAAACGACACAAGUCAAGAGUUUGCUCUUAUUGAUCCUCUUGUCAGUUCAGCAGUUGUUUCAUGUGACGUUGCAAUAGCUUGUCCCAUGCCAACUGUUAAUCCUGUGGAAUCAACUCCAAGAAAAGGUAGAGGGCGACCUAGGAAAAAACCUGUUGAAAUAAAAGGUUUGUCUGGCAUUAAACUAACAGAAGACUUGUCUACAGCUCUAUCUCCAAUAGCUUUAACCUGCAUGGAGCCCAAGAAAAAAAGGGGGAGGCCCCGAAAGUAUCCUGCUCCAAGCAACAGCAAGCAUCUUCCAGGCACUGAUACUGAAUUAGGAAAUGAUUCUGUCUGUCUGUUGCCUGGUUCAAUUGAUUGUGGUUUGGGUCCCACUGAAAAUACUGGGUCUGGUGCUAAUAUAACUCAUGCUGCAGUUGAUGCAGCCUCCCCAGUUCCAUUGUCAGGUCAGAGGGGUAGAGAACAGCCAGAAAAGGAAGUAAUUCAUAUUGAUAAUUCCAUGCAAUCUGGACAGUCUGACGUAGGAUCCAUGUUGCCUACGUAUAUUUUACCUGAAUCAAGCAACAAGAGUAACUCAACUGGUCCGAGGCGGAGGGGACGACCUAGGAAGAAACCAUUUCCGAGUACAACCAGUUGUGUAUUUGCUCCUGGUACUGAGACCCCAAAGAAAGGUUCUACUUUGACCAAUUCAAAUAAUCUCAUGGUCUUGGCCAAGAGUAAUUGUGACAUUUUAGCAAAUGACAUUGGUCGAUCAAGCUGUGCUAUAGAGAACAGUGUCCAUUUGAGUGUUGGAACAUCUCGUGUUGCAACACCAGCACAGGGCAUAUGUCUUGCAAAAUGCAAGGAAGAAUCAAGUGCCAAGAAGGGUAGAGGCAGACCUAGAAAGCAGCCAAUUUCAACGGAACGCGGUUGUUCUAAAGCAUGCAGGGGUGAAGAACAAAAAACACAGACAAUUCCCAAGUCAAGCGACAAUGCGGCCUUAGUUGAAAAUUGCAAGAAAGAAUCAUGUCCCGGAAAGGGCAGUGUUCAAGAUAAAAAGAAAUCUGUUUCAAAUGAAAGAAGUUCAGUAGUGCUUAGUGUUGAAGUACAGAACAUGGACGGAUCUUCUGCAUCAACUGCAUAUACUUCAUGUUGUACUCCUGCUUGUAACUUUGAAAACGCAGAGAGAAAUCAGGCUGUAUCUGUUCCUUCUGAAAACAGUGCUCAGGUUAUUGAUGAACUAAAAGAUACAGAAGUGGCUCGAUUUAAAGAAUCAACUAAAGAUUAUCAUAUGAUUUGUUCUGCAGAAAAGACCCUUUCUCGUGUCCCAAAAGACAUUUCUCUACCAAGGGUUGUCUUAUGUUUAGCUCAUAAUGGAAAAGUUGCUUGGGACAUAAAAUGGAAACCUCCUUCAGCAAAUCAGUCAGAACAUAAAUCAUGUUUGGGUUUUCUUGCAGUACUCUUGGGGAAUGGCUCGCUUGAAGUAUGGGAAGUUCCAUCACCAAGCAUGAUUCAGAAAAUAUAUUCCUCUUCUUCAAAGGAGGGUACUGACCCUCGAUUUUUAAAGCUGAAGCCUGUGUUUAGCUCUGCCAAAGUAAAGUGUGGGAACAGACAAAGCAUUCCCUUGACAGUUGAUUGGUCACCCUCUCAUGAUAUGAUAUUGGCGGGAUGUCACGAUGGAACGGUUGCUUUAUGGAAGUUCUCAGCAAACUUGUCAUUUCAAGGUUCAAAACCUUUUAUGUGUGUAACUGCUGAAUCUGCUCCCAUCAGAACCGUGUCGUGGACACCAUCUGUGAGUAAGGAAAACAUGAAUGCCUUUGUCACUGCUGGAGAGGAUGGUCUGAAAUUCUGGGAUUUAAGAGAUCCAUAUCGCCAUCUUUGGGAGUUAACUACUGCUCGAAGGGCCGUAAUAAGUCUUCAAUGGUUGAAGGAUGCAAGAGGUAUUGUCAUAUCAUUGGAAGAUGGCACGUUAAAGUUCGUUAGCUUGUCGAGAAUCGCAAAUGAUGUUCCUGUUACUGGAAGGCCAUUUGUUGGAAUGAAAACUCAGGGUGUUUCUACCUAUCAAUUGUCUGAAUAUUUGAUCUGGAGUGUCCAUGCCUCAGAAAUUGCAGGCUAUGCGGCUUAUUGUGUGGCUGAUGGAACUGCUGUUUGCUUUGAGCUUACUCCGAGAUUCUGGGAAAAGGAACCUGGGAGGAACCGUGUACCAUAUUUUCUUUGUGGUUCAUUAUCAGAGGAGGGAACAACCAUUAAAAUUGGUAUUGCAUUACCAAACUCUCCUUUGUCAAAUGUUCCUCUGGGGACCAAACGGGCUACUAAAACUUGCAAAGAUGUAGCUCAAUUGCAUGUUAUAGAAGAAGGGGAACUUCUUGCCAACUCAGAAUACAAUUGUGCUAUAAAUCCGAGCAUCAGAGAUGGUCAACAAGAUGAACCUGAUGAAGGACAAGAAACUGGUGCCAUAGUUUUAGCUGCUCCUUCAAUGCAAGAGAAUUUUGGCACAAGCACCAGCAGGGGUAGCGAAUCCCCUGAAAAUUUUGAGGUCUUUCCUCCUAAAGCUGUAGCAUUGCAUCGGUUGAGAUGGAACAUGAAUAAAGGUAGCGAGAAAUGGUUGUGCUAUGGAGGUGCUGCAGGCAUUAUCCGGUGUCAGAGGAUCUAAGGAACAAGAGCACACUUGAGGAAUCUCCUUGCAUAUCAGGAAAAUCUGCAUGUGUCCAUCUACACAAUAAACUGUUGCAUGCUGUGGGAUGGUUAUGCCUUAUAUUUUGGAAUGGAGGGAGUAACAGAUUAUCUUUGGAACUCCCGACAGAGAUGUAUAGCCUUAUGGACUGAAGCUUUACCUGAGCAGCGAGGUUCUCUGUGUUUUGGGACCAGCAAUUCAUUGCAGGUUGGU